UUACUGUCAGCACCCCCACACCCUAAAAGGAAAACCAGGCUGGUUUCUGUGAGCUGAAGCCCAAACCAAAAUGGCUUCACUUCACUCCUCCCUGCACCUCCCACCACCAUAAGAAUGCUGCCUCUGCUGGUCCCACUCUCCCCCCUCCCAAAGCUUCCAUCUCAUGAGCCCUCCUCUCCACUCAUUGCCACUUUGGUCAUACAUUGGAGAUGGACUUCGGUGGUGUGGUGAGCAUGGACGGGUUUGUAGGUGCUUCCUCAGGGGGUGGCAGCCUUCUGUCUUGCUCCCUGACCACCUCAAACGCCCAAGUCUGCAGGCCAAAGGGGCUCCCCGGCUGUGGCUUUCAGAAGCUUGGGAGGUCUGCUGAACCUGAUGACUGUGAUUGGAGAUCCCUCAAGAUGGCCAGAACCGAGGCAAUGGUGACAGCACCCAACGAGGCACCUCCUUUCCUGCCGGGAUCCACCACCACCCCCUACUCUCUCUUCCCUUAUGGGGAGCAAAUGCUCAGCUUCUCAUCGACCUCCAAGCAAGAUGCUUUGAUGCUCAGCUGUGAAGGGGCCCUGCCUUACUACUGCUCCCCAUCAGCAUCUUCUCCCACACCUUCCUCUUACCUUAGGAGUGCAGGGUUGUAUUCUGGGAGCUCUGAUGUGAACAUCAAUGGGGUUUUGGCAAGGGUGAGAGGGCCCUUCACCCCAUCUCAGUGGCUGGAGCUGGAACACCAGGCCUUGAUUUACAAGUACAUCGUUGCCAAAGUUCCUAUCCCACCCAAUCUGCUCACCCCUAUCAGGAGAAGCCUCAGUUCUUCUGGGUUCCAUCCCUUAUCGGCUGGACCUUUUGGUUCAAAUUCAUUGGGCUGGGGACCUUUCUAUCUGGGAUAUUCUGGAAAUGCUGAUCCAGAACCCGGUAGGUGUCGUCGGACUGACGGAAAGAAAUGGCGGUGCUCGAGGGAUGCAGUCGCCGACCAGAAGUACUGUGAGCGUCACAUGAACCGGGGCCGCCAUCGUUCAAGAAAGCAUGUGGAAGGCCAAUCUGGCCAUGCCGCGAAAGCGAUGCCUGUUAUCGCUGCUUCACAGUCAGCUACAGCAGUUUCUGGUGCUGGGUCAUCCAGUAGCCUUGGUAGUGCGCAUCCGCAAACUAAAACCUUGCAGCCAAAUGUUCGUGAAGUUUGCACUGCACCAUUCAACAUGAUGGUGAUGAACAAGGAAAAUGCCAAUGACCAAAGACAGGAUCCUGUGAGCCUCUCCAUGUUGACUUCUAUGAACCCAAAACCCACUAGUUCCUUAUUUUCAAUCCCGGAACAUCACAAUGCCUUUGAAACCACCUCAUUCCGAGCAGAUCUUCAACUUGUUGCUACCGAUUCCCAUUUGAACCCUGCAACUAGGUCUUUCUCAGAUAAAAGCUGUAUCGCUUCCCCGAAGCUCCAAGUCCCACGACCGCAGUCCCAUCCCCUUCAUCACUUCAUCGAUGAUUGGUCAAAAACCCAAUCGAAUCGUUCUACCAUUACUUGGCCUGAGAUAGAAGAAAUGCAGUUUGAAAGAACUCAACUCUCUAUGUCGAUACCAGUGGCUUCCUCAGAGUUCUCGUCCUCCUCUUCUCCUCACCAUGAAAACCUUACGCUUUCACCCCUUAAGCUGUCACGGGAAUACAAUCUCCCUCACAUGGAUUCGAGGAUAAAUGUGCUGAGUGAGGUGAACCAAAGACAGAUAAGCUGGAUACCGAUAUCCUGGGAGACUUCCAUGGCUGGUCCUCUGGGAGAGGCCCUUGCCAACACCAGUAGCAUGCCCAAGGAUCAAAGCAAAAACUGCUCAUCGUCGUCAUCUCUAAACCUCUUGACCGAUGGCUGGGAUUCAAGCCCUCGGAUGGAGUCCUCUCCGACGGGUGUUCUGCAGAAGACUUCAUUUGGUUCUCUUACGAGCAGCACCGGGAGUAACCCGAGGGCAGAGAACAGGAAGGCUCAUGAGAGCACCGCAAGCUUGUCCGAUGACCUCCUUGGCCCGACCCUUGUAGGUCCUCCAACCAUCCCCUCACUUUGAGCUUUUGGAAUGAGGACUGCAUCACUGAUGAUGUCAAGUUAUGUUUCUUGAUUGGUCUUUAUUUGUCUUUCUAUUAUGUUUGCUCUCUGUGAACUCUUUGGAUGGCGGUUAGUGAGACCUUGUUGUGAAGAAUAUGGCACUCCAACUUUUACUGGACUGAAAAGAUGAUGAGGAGAUGAUAUUUAAGUACCAAUUGCUUCUCUGUGCUA